UAUAACAGACAGACUUAUUCAGGCCUGCAUGUUUGGAAACUUUGAAGCCAGUCUCGGCCAGCAGGGAGCUCACUUCUUUCUUCUUGUCUAAGUCUUAAAGACAACAGCCAUCAUGUCAGACACAGAGGAUGUUGAACACAUCGAGGAGGAGAAGCCAAAGUUUAAACCAUCAGGACCCAAAAUCCCAGACGGUGAAAAAGUGGACUUUGAUGACAUCCAGAAGAAACGUCAGAACAAAGAUCUGGUCGAGCUGCAGGCCCUCAUCGAUGCUCACUUUGAGCACAGGCAGAAAGAAGAGGAGGAGCUUAUAGCCCUCAAGGACAGAAUUGAGAAACGCAGAGCUGAGAGAUCAGAGCAGCAGAGGAUCAGGGCUGAGAAGGAUAAGGAACGUCAGGCGAGACGUGAGGAGGAAAGACAAAGGAGAGAGGAGGCAGAUGCUAAGAAGAGGGCAGAUGAAGAGGCAAAGAAGAAAUCAGCUCUGUCCAACAUGGGUGCAAGCUACAGCAGCUAUCUGCAGAAGGCCGAUUCCAAGAGAGGUGGCAAGAAACAGACAGAAAGAGAGAAAAAGAAGAAGAUUUUGGCUGACAGACGCAAACCGCUCAAUGUUGACCAUCUCAGUGAGGAUAAACUCAGAGAGAAAGCAAAGGAGCUGGCUGAUUGGAUAAAGACCCUGGAGUCUGAGAAGUAUGAACACAUGGAGAGGUUAAAGAAACAGAAGUAUGAGGUCCUCACACUGCGUCAAAGAGUGGAGGAGUUGAGCAAAUUUAGCAAGAAAGGCGCCGCCGCCCGUCGCAGAAAGUAAGUGCAUCUUCCUGCCUGCCAAGACUGCUAAGAUGACCGAGAAGAAAUGCAUCUCAGACAAUAAUUAUUGUAGUGUCAAAGAUCAGCAAACUCCCUCGACUUGGACUGUGAUUUGGUUCCUAUGUAUGUCAUGUAAAUAAAUUCUGACUAUAACGCAGUAGAUCUGUUCUUAGUGAAACAUCAAUAAAAUCAAUGUUUUUAAAUGA